AGGACUCAACUGCAUGUGAAAUAAAAAUGGACCCUGAAACACUCUCGGCGAACUUGUUUAAGUGGGACACCAGAGCCGCCCUGGCUCCGCCUGCGUCCCGUAUUUACGAACCCAUAACAUUACAACAACAGCCGCAGCAACCACCACCUCCUCCUCCGUCCAUGGUCGCAACCUCGGCGGGGAUGGGUGGCUAUUUGGUCCGUGAUAACAGGGAUCUUGGAGGGUUGGAGGAGGUGUUCCAUGCUUACGGUGUACGGUAUUUCACGGCCACGAAGAUAGCGGAGCUUGGGUUCACGGCGAACACGCUGUUGGACAUGAAAGAUGAAGAGCUCGACGAGAUGAUGAACAGCUUGUCCCAUAUUUUCCGAUGGGAUUUACUUGUUGGUGAGAGGUACGGCAUCAAAGCCGCCGUCAGAGCGGAGCGACGCCGCCAGGAGGAGGAGGAUUCGAGGCGGCGCUACCUUCUUUCUUCCGACACUACCAACACCCUUGACGCUCUAUCUCAAGAAGGCUUGUCGGAAGAACCGGUGCAACAAGAAAAUGAAGCUGCGGGGAGUGGCGGUGGCGGAGGUGCAUGGGAGAUGGCGGCGAUUGGGAGCUGUGCAGGAGGAAAGGCGAAGCAAGGUAACCAACGGAGGGGCAAGCAAAUUCGUGUAAGGGGUAGAAUCGGAUCGUCUUCACAAGUGGUUGGAGGAGAUGAUAAUUACGAGAAUGAAAGUGAGGACGAUCCAGAGAAUGGUGGCGGUGGCGGAGUAGAGCGGCAGAGAGAGCAUCCGUUCAUUGUGACUGAGCCGGGGGAGGUGGCGCGUGGAAAAAAGAAUGGACUUGAUUACCUGUUUCAUCUAUACGAACAGUGCCGUGAUUUCUUGAUCCAAGUUCAGAGUAUUGCGAAAGAGAGGGGUGAAAAAUGUCCAACCAAGGUGACGAACCAGGUGUUUAGGUAUGCAAAGAAGGCAGGUGCGAGCUACAUCAACAAGCCAAAAAUGAGACACUACGUUCAUUGCUAUGCGCUGCAUUGUCUUGAUGAGGUUGCUUCGAAUGCACUGAGGAGGGCUUUCAAGGAGAGAGGUGAGAAUGUCGGAGCUUGGAGGCAGGCUUGCUACAAGCCAUUGGUAUCGAUUGCAGCUCGACAAGGUUGGGACAUUGAUGCGAUAUUCAACACACAUCCACGUCUGUCGAUAUGGUAUGUUCCAACCAAACUCCGGCAGCUCUGUCAUGCUGAACGCAGCAGUGCUGCCAUGGCAGCUGCUACUGCUGCUUCGACUUCCGUCGUUGGUUGUAGCGGUGGUGGUCAUCUCCAGUUUUAGGUUAAUUACUGUUUGUGGGAUGAACUUUAUGGGCUGGUUAAUUGUUUACUAAGAUAAUGGAAGUUUUAGUUUGAAAUUCCAUGCGGUGUAUACGAUGAAUGACUGUAGUAAUGCUUGUGCUUGCAUCGGUGUUAUAAAUAUGUUG